AUGAAGAAGGAUUCGGCGACAAGCUUGAAGACCGAUGAAGUACAUCACCACGAAGCACCACAGGUUGAAGCUGAACACCAAGCACACAUCCUCCCCGCGACCGAUGAGGAACUUCGCUACGAGUACGAGCAGUACCACCCCUACUCGGACAGCCCGGCGAGGCAGGAGCAGAUCAGCUACGAACCGACCGAAUUUGAUUCCGAAGAACAGGCCGUUCAUGAACACGAUGAGCAUCAACUCCCGGUCCACGACGCACAACACGAAGAAGUUCAGCAACAACAGGUUGAGCACGCUGAAUCGCCUAUUGAUAAGGCGCCGUCUGGAGAUGAAGUCAAUGUCCCAGCAGCGCAAUUUAGAGACGAACAACCCCAAAUAGUCGACGAGGAACUGCGCUACGAGUACGAGCAGUACCAUCAUUACGAGCCCGAAAGCCCGCAACAGUUCAAGGAAGAACACGCCGGAGCAUCAGAAGAUGAACAUCGAGUUAAACCUGAAAAAACGGAAGUGGUAGAAGAACGCCGCCACGAAGAACGUGAAGAAGUUCUAAGCCCCGGCGAAGAGCUCGAACGGACCCAGGAGCUCGAGACGGUACAACCAGCAUCGCCGGCUCAAGAAGAGGAGUACCCUCAACAAGUCGUAGACGACGAGCUGCGCUACGAGUAUGAGCAGUACCAUCCAUACCCCGAAGCUGACCAAGCAUCCCAACAAGCUGAGCACCACCUCGAGGAAUACUCUCCCCGCCGAGAAGAUAUCCCCAUCAUCCGCCAACGCUCACCGACCCCAGAGGAGCCUGAACUGCCCGAAGACACCGCCAGCGUGAAGAGCCUGAGCUCGCAAGUCGGAAUCCAGGAAGAAGAGCUGGCUUCUGAAGCUCAGCCUGUUGCUGGAACUACCGCUUCAACUGAACAGGAGCAGCCAGAAGAGGUUGUCUAUCUCAAGGAGGUCGUUGAGGAGCCGGUGGAUCAAGAGGUUCCGGAGGAAUCGGCAAGCGUCAAGAGCCUGAACUCACAGGUUGAAAACGUCGAGCCUAUCGUAGAGCACAAAGAAACUUCUCACACCUUUGAACAACCAGAAGAGAUUGUGUAUCUCAAGGAGGUUGAAACGGAAGUUGAAGAGCAGCCUGCAUCUCCUCAAUCCGUGAUGGAUUCGGAGGAAGAAGUACAUGAAGCCCCCACCAGCCAAGAAACCCGGAAACCGUCUGCGCCAGAAUUCGAAGCUGACUUCGAGACUUCUAAAGGAGAAGUUUCGGAUUCUGAAGUUGGGAAGCACCAUGAUCAAGGACCGGAAGUUGUCGAAAGCCAGAUCGUUUAUGAAACCGAGCAUCACGUCGACCAAGAGCCAAGGUUCGACGAGGCCGAAGGAGCUGACGGGGAGCAGCACGAAGAUGUUCAUCUACAAGCGCCAACUCCAGAGAUUGAGCACGAGUACCAAGAACCUGAACCUGACGCGACGUCACCCAUUCCCUCUGGCGAGGAGAAGAGAUAUGAAGCUUCGGAGCAGGAUCAGACUCCCUCUGAAGCCUAUUCAGAAGAGCACCGUCGUGAAUCCACCUCAUCUGAGCACUUUGCCGUACACCCUGAAGUUGCCGAGGCUGCGGCAGAAGCCGAAUUCCCGGCAUCACCAAGAAGUUCGCUGGCCGGUGAAGAACAUCAUGUUCAAUCCGCGGAGUAUGAGCGAGAGGUUCUAUCUGAAGUCGGUGCUGAACAUGUGGAGCAUCGUGAACUCCAUAAAGAAGCUCCUGCUAGUCCGGCGACGGAAACGGAAAGGAAGUCGUCAGUUUACGACGAGGACGAAGAUGUUCAAGCGUCUCCGGCAAUUGAAGUCACUCAAUUCGAGGAGGAGAAGUCGAAGGAGUACUACGUCGAUCCGGAAGUGCCCGACUUUGGGCCUUAUGGGGAACCAGUGGAUGGAUAUCCGGCCACGGAUAGAAGUGCACAAGUUGAACGACAUCAAGAGGCUCAUGAGCUCGCUGAAGCUCAUCCUGAACUUGACGAACAUGGUGAGGCGCCCCUACCGGAAGCCCAUCCGGCAGAAUCCGUACCGCAGACACCAACCAGCCCGGUUGAAUCUGAUCAGCCGUCUCCAAUUGUCGAGAGCCAAGAGUACUACGAGGAGAAGACGACCUACCCUAAUGAGCACUACGAGUACGAGACGUACCGCCCGCCCACAGGGGGAUAUGAGGCUCAAGCUCAAGAGCAGCAACAACCCGAGACCCCGCUUUCCGAAAGAUCCGUACAAGGUCCUCACCAAGACACCAAACGUUCCUCGAUUGCGGAAGCAUCAGAGAAGCUGGUAGCCGAAGUCCUAGAUGACGCAGAGGCGGAAGCAAUCGAAGAAAGCUAUCAAGAACGAGAAUACCGGGAUCACGAAGAGCCACCCCAAGAGCAGUUCGUAGGGGUACCGGCCAGAAGGAAGUCCGAGGUACAGCGCGAAUCCUUUGACGAAAGCCGGGACGCUGAGCAACAGCAAUAUCAGCACGAUGUCAUUCACGAAUCCCCGGACGUUGAAGCUUUUGAGGAGCGAUUCGAGACUGAAGACGGGAUGGAACGCGAAAGUCAGCGUUCUGGAAGUCUUGAAGAAGUUCGCCCCGAGGAAGAAGCUCGUCAACAAACUCCGGCCAGAGCUUCGGUCGCUGAAAGCCCGCUCCAAAGUGAGCGUGAGGUCGUUCCAGAGCACCAGGAGCUUGGAGAACGACAGCAUGAAGCUGAGCAACCUACACCAUUUGAAAGUGGCUUAGAGCCGGCGGAAACUGCGGCACGAGGUGACUCUCCCGUUACUCAACGCCAUGAAGCAGCAUAUGAUCAUCAUGAAGAGCCAACCUUCGUGCAAGAAUCAGCCCUAAAAGAAGCACACGACGUCCACCCCGAACACUUUGAAGCUCAACUGGCCCAGAGCCAAGUUGAGAAGGCUGUUCUCGAAGCCCAACCACCCAGCUAUGAAGAGAGCGAACGACUUGAAGACGUCGCCAGCGCCCCGACGACACCACGGAGCACCGAUCUCCAUGCAAUGGAGGAGAGCAAGUAUCAGACUUAUGAAGACUUGUCGAGAACGUCGGAUGAGGAGGGUGAGCGGGAGGAUGCUGAUGCGAUUGAGCAAGAAGGAAAGCCACCGACCUAUGAAGAAUCCGAGGCGACCCACGACGCCGAGCCAGUGCAGAUCAGAGUGGAAGCCGUAGAGCCCGAACCCGAAUCGCAGUUCGAAGAGGAGGACCGGCAGUUUGAAACUGAGACGAGGACACCACCCGCCAGUCCGGUACCGGAGUACGAUGCGUCGGUCAUUGAGAGCGAGGAGUACCAGCUUGAGCAGUAUCAGCCAGAAGCUGAAGCUGACUUUGAACGUCCCAUUUCCCCGGCUGACAGCUAUGAAAUGGCAAAGCAAGCCCGGGAAGCUGAAGAGCAACGAGGGCAGGAGAGCCCAAAGUCAACCGACUCAAGGGUGGAAUUUGAGGACGAAGUCAAGGCUGAAGUCCACUCCACGGCAGGGAGCUCGAUCUCCCAGAGAGAUGCUGCUGAACGGGUUGAAGUCCGCGAUCAAGUUUAUGAGCGGCCUGCCUCUCCGGCCAACAGCUUUGAGAUGGAGGAAGAACAAAGGGAGCUCGGCAAGCAGUCGGAUGAGGAGAGCCCGAGGUCAACGGACUCGAGGGUCGAGUAUGGGGUUGAAGAGGAGCAGCAACGUGAGGAACUUGCUUCAAGGAGUCCUGAAGUCGCUGGCUUUGAAGUCCAGGAACAUGAGGACGCACCGAGUCCAGCUGCUGCUCAAAAACCGCACAUUGAGCACGAACAUCGCCAUGUCGUUGAAAGUGAGGAAUACCAAUUUGAGCAUGAGGCAAAACACGAAACUACCGAAGCCCCUAGCCACCACCAGGCGCGAUCCAUUGAGGAGACGAGGCCCCGCCUCCAUCGCCCGGACUCACUUGACGUCGAACCGCUAGAAGUCCAGGAAGAGCGUGACGUUGGUGAACUCCUUCGGGAGCACGAGCCUCCCACAACCCCAUCUGUGGAAGAGGUGUCGAUGCCAGGGGAGGAAGCGGCUGUUAUCGAAUCCCAUGGAUAUGAUGGUGGACUGGAUGAAGAAUCGCACCCUGAGUCUCCAGAAAGUGAGGCCGACCUUGGCGGUCAUGCCGAAGAGGGACGCUCGCCUUCGGUAGAUGAACAUCAUCGUGAAGUUCAUGAAGCCGCACCUGGCUCUCCGUUGGCCGACAGUGCGAAGCCAGAGGAGCAAUUGUACCGCGCGGAGCAAGAGAGGAGGACUGGGUUUGAUCAGGUUCAAGAGGAGCCUGAACGCUUUGAAGAAUCACAUCCGGAAACGCCAGAAGAAGCCGGCAGGCAUGUAGAUGAGGACUAUUUGCGACAAGAGCGGGACGCCGGGUUUGAGGAGCAUCAGCACAGACCUGAAUCUCUUGCUGAAUCUGACGGACCUUCGAUGCAUCAUGAAGAUGAACAUCAUCUACGCCAGGAACGUGAAGCUGGGGUUGAGGAGCACCAGGAAAGACCUGAAUCUCCUGUCGAAUCUGACAAACCCUCUGUACUUCAUGAGGAAGAACAUCAUCUGCGCCAAGAACGUGAAGUUGGUUUUGAAGAGCAUCAGCAGAGACCUGAGUUUUUGGCCGACUCCGACAACCACUCCCAACGCCACGAAGAGCCUCAGCUCGAAUCCCCAGCCACUAGCGGUCCGGAAUCAAGAACUUCUGGAAGAGCCGAAAGCAUCGAGUCGCCUGCGCAAAGGACCUCACGCCCGGAUUCAGGCUCCGAAUUCCGCCAGGAGUUUGACAGUGAGCAAUACCAGCUUGAGCACCCAGAGGAGGCAAAGUACCAUCAGCAUGAGAUGGAGCCGGAAUCUUCAGGGCAGACCCAGGGCAGGGAGGAUGCGUUUGAUGAAGCCCAGCACUAUGAGAAACCGACUGAAGUCCACGGGCACCAUUUGCGUCAUGAGAGCGUCAGCGGGUUUGUGGAGGGCGAGGAGGGGCCGGAUGAGGCUGAACGACGAAGCUCACGCGUUUCUGAAGAUUAUCCGGAAGCUGGAAGCCGAAGGGAGUCGCAUGCUUCUCAACCAGUUGGAUACUUCGCCGAAAGUCCGAUCAUACCUUCCGACGAGUACAGGGUUGACGACGAGGCUGUACCCGAGGACAAACCCUAUUCAGAAUCCGAACGUCGGGAGUCGAUCUCAGCACUUUCUGAAGAGGAAAAAGCAUCAUCCCCGCAACCAAUUGAACACCACGAGCACGUUGAGCAUACUCCAGAAUCUGCUAGAAUCUCCUACAAUGAACAGACAGUCGAAUCUGAACAAGCCCAAAGCCCCGGCGACGGCUACAUCAUCCCCAGCGACGACUACGAGGCGUAUGAAGAGCGCACGCAGAGCCCGGUCACCACCCUGCACGAGAUUCGCGAGGAGUCCAUGGAAGAACACGAUGAAGCUCACUUUGACGAGCCGGCUCGCCCAUCGGUACCGUUGUCCGAAUCCCCAGAGGAGCUUGAGAAGAUCGAGCUCCAUUCCUCGCCAAAAACGGAAGGAUAUGCUCACUUUAUUGAGGAGAAACCACUCGUCCAUGAGGGCCAGGUAGAAGAAGAACUUGUAGAAAAUUCAGUUCCUGAGACCAAGGACCCAGAGUUCUAUCAAGAACAGACAGCCUACAAGCCCGACUCUGAGUCCGAGGGUGAGGAGCUUGAACAUCGCGAGGGUGAGGCCUUCGUCGGCGAGUACAAGCCGGAGAAGAAGGGGCUCGGCUCGAAGGUGCUCGGCUUUGCCAAGAAGGCCGGGAUGGUGGCUGGAGGUGUAGUUGCUGCACCGGUAGCCCUCGCCGCAUAUGGGGUUAAGGGAGCUGUGGAGUCGUUGCAGAGGAGAGGCUCCAAGGGAGAGUAUCAAGCUGUGGCCACGGAAGACCCGGAAUAUCUGGUCCAUUCGGAAUCUUACAGCCCGGCCGAAGAGGAGCGGACAAACUUCGAGCGUGAAGACUUGGUAGAAGAGACGGCGGGACGUCAAUAUUCCGAUGAAACUUUUGAGGAAGAGCAUCGAAAAGUAGAAGAGCCUGUCGAAGAAGAACACACCCGACUUGAACCAGUACAAGAAGAAACCGCCACGAUCCGUGCAUCCGAAAAACCGCACGUCAUCCAGUCGGAGAGCUACGAGCAUGAGGAGCAGUUCGAGGCCCCGAAAGACGAGUACGUCAUCCAUACCGAGGAGCAUCACCAAGAAGCUGAGCAGCACCCGGAAGAUAGCUUUGAACAAGUUGAAGCCGACGGAGAAGCAAAACCGGCGUCCCCAGCUGUUGAAGAUCAUCAGAAAUCCCAUCUAAUCCAGUCCGACGACUACGAGUUGGUCGAGGGCCAACCCGAAGAACAGCACCUCGACGUCGACGAGUACGAAAUUGUUCACAGCCCAGAAGAACGAGAAGAUGUGCCCCCCGCAUCGCCUGGCAAGCAAUCCCAGCACGCAUCAUCACCCGAAGAUGACCAUAGAGCGAUUGCUGGCGAUGAGGAGGCCGAGAUUGACGAGAUCUCGCAGCGGCUGGCCGUCGAAGCGGUCGGCCAGGCGGCACAUCAGCUGUCUGAGCAGAUGACGCUGGAGGUGACACCGAGGAGUCCGACAGUCACAGACCGCUCGAAUGUCGAUUCGGAGAAUAUUAGCAUGGAUCAGAGGGCUAUCGAGGAGGAGGAGAAGUCAAGCUUUGAGGAGCACCAACAAUCUCCGACGACUCCGUCAACCACUGAAAGAUCGGUCAUUGAAUCUGAGGCCUAUCGUGAUCGUGAUUAUGAGACAGAAGAGCCUGAAUCUCAGGAAGGGACCUAUCGAGACACCGAGGCACGAUAUGAAUCCGACGAGAAAGUGCUGCAACACCAGGAGACCCCGACGACACCACCGAGUACGGAUCGGGAUCGUUUUGGGGAUUAUGUCACGGAGGAACAGACGCACCGGGAUUCUGACGUGAAGGUCACUGAAGAACAAGCCACCCCUUCAACCCCAUCAAGUGCUGUCAUCGAAUCAGAAUCCUACGAUCGUCCGGCAGAAAGCUCUCAAGUCGAUGAAGACGACGAAUACGACGCGGUCAGCCCGGUACCUUCUUCGGCCCGAUCUCAAAAACAACUCCUGAAGCAAGAAUCCUGGUAUGAGAAAGCCGUGGAGCCUGAGGUCGACUACCAAUCCGACCUCCAAGAAAAGCUCGACAUCCUCGCGGCACAGAAUCGCGAAGAACUACCGCGACCCGAUGAGGAGGACAACAUCCGGGAGGAGGACGACCGCGCGAUCCCCAGCGAGGAAUCGCUGAAUCGAAUGGCCACCGACAUGGUGCGAAACGUGUUGGAGACGGUGGAAGAGGAGGCUCAUCAACAUUCCGAUGAAUAUGGAGACUAUCAGACGAUCGGGCACCCGGGGGUUCAUACUUUGAGGACGACGAUUGACAUCAUCUCGGACUCGGCGCGAACCACGCCCGAUGUUGCACUGCGGUAUGGAGAUGAUCGUGAGGAGACACCGCCUUCGGCUAACGCUUCAGGAAUGUUGUACAUCCCCGAAGCGGACCCGGGAAGACCUGUAUCCCCCAUCCCACCCACCCGCACCGACUCCGGGCUUCUCAUUGGCCUCAAACAACCCGAGGACACCAUCGUCUUCGAGCAGUGCAUGACGCCCGACAUCCUCGAGCAGCCCAGCAGCGUCAACCCAUUGUUGAAGAAGGCCAUGGUCGAGUCGAUCCAACUCAAGGGUCUCGAGAUCCCCAAGAAGGUCGAGGCAACUUUUGAGGAGAAGGAGCAACAGGAGCAGCUCGAGUCUCCAAAGCAAGAAGAGAGAUACCAGGGGUCUUCCGAAUCCCUUGAUCACGGCUCGGUGAAGAGCCACAGCAGCAGCGCCGGCAAGCGGUACAGCACGUCGAGGAGGAGCAGUGGAGGGCUCUCUUCUCAACAUGCUGACGCUUCACCGGAUGAGCGACGUGACUUUGGAGAGGAGCCGGAGCACAUCGCUAGGGAGGUGGUCGAGACGGAGGAGUAUCAAGUGGUCGAGACUAUUGAGGAUCCGUCGGAGGAGGGCUUUGAGUAUCCGCAUGACGAACCUGUUGAUCCCGAGCUAGAGACAGUAGAGGAAGAGCCGGAGGACAACGACUCCCUCAACGGCAGUGGAUCAUCAAGUGCUGGUCAGCCCGUCUCGCUCGCCUCACUCGCCCGCUACAAGCACACCUCAUCCGACAACGUCUCCGAGUCGAGCCUGCAAGAGUUUGAGCGCAUCGAGAAGAUGGUCAAGGGUGAGGGCAGCCUCACCGGAAGUGACAUCGAACUGGCCACCGGGGGAAACGGAGCCCUGCUCAAGUCCGGCCAGGGCUCGCUCAGCUCGCUGGCCGAGUUCGAGCGGAUCGAGGCCGAGAUUGCAAAGGAGGCACCCGAGCAGGACGAGGCGAUGAUGCUCUCAGAUAUUAGGGAGGAGAGUGAGGCCGAGGAUAUGAGCGUUCGGGAUACGGACGAUGAGGAUCAUGACCAGCAUACGGACCUGAGAGUGGUGCCAAUUCGUGAGGAGCCAGAAGACCGGGCGGAUACCCCGACAGGUGUUUCUCCGGCGGACAGUAUUGAGCACGUGCAUCUGGAGGCUGAGGGACCAACGGUCGACGCCCGCAUCAUGGAGGCGAGCACCGACUCGUUGGAACCGUCGGGCCGCCCGGUGCAGAUCGUCGAGCCGAGGAUGCUGGAGAGCAUGGAAGAGACUUCUUUGGAUGAGUAUGAGGUGAUCGAGAGGAUGGAGGUCUCGACGCACGACUCGCUGGAGAAUCUGCCACACGACCGGGACAGUCUUCUGGAGGGGGCCAGUCAGGAGGUGGUCACCAGCCAGGAGGCACCGGGUCUCAGUGGGGAUACGGUUGGGACGUAUCAGGAGCACACCGACGAGGACAAGGACUCACUUGCUGGAGAUAUGGACAACGUUGUCUCGUCGUACGCCAAGACACUGACGAUCUUCGAAACAACCCAGACAAAACCCGACGGGACGGUGGAGCGGAUCUCGCGCCGAGUGGAGACGCGCGUCGAGGACCCGGUCACCGACCAUGUCACGUUCACCGGGACGGAGGGACCGGAACAAGUGUCGAGGGUGUUGGAGGGAGGAAGUGGCAGGGUGGAGACGGUGGACAGCCAGGGGAAUGUCACCACAACCACCGUGUCACGCAGCCCACCACAGCCCAGGCAC